AUAGAAAAGAGAGUGUACAAUUAAGUAUACUUGGAAGAGGUAGCUAGGGGCGGGCAGGUGGACUCCCCUCGGCCUGCAGCUGUAAUGGAUUUUAAUUCGUGCACCACCAGCAGGGUCUCCAAUAUCCUCUUCCUGUUUCUUCUGCUUCUCCUAUGCUGCUCUCCUCUUCUCGUCCAAUCCCGAAUUCGACAUUACAAGUUCAACGUGGUUAUGAAAAACUACACGAGGCUGUGCUCCACAAAACCGAUCGUGAGCGUGAACGGGAAAUACCCAGGGCCCACCGUCUACGCCAGGGAGGGCGACACAGUGCUCAUCAAGGUCGCCAACCACGUCGGCUACAACCUCUCCAUCCACUGGCACGGCAUCCGCCAGAUCCGGACCGGCUGGGCGGACGGCCCCGCCUACAUCACGCAGUGCCCCAUCCCCCCGGGCCAGAGCUACGUCUACAACUUCACCGUCUCCGGCCAGCGCGGCACCCUCUUCUGGCACGCCCACAUCCUCUGGCUGCGCGCCACCGUCCACGGCGCCCUCGUCGUCCUCCCCAAGCUCGGCGUCCCUUACCCCUUCCCCAAGCCCCACCACGAGCGCGUCCUCAUCCUCGGCGAGUGGUGGAAGUCCGACACCGAGGCCGUCAUCAACGAGGCCCUCAAGUCCGGCCUCGCCCCCAACGUCUCCGACGCCCACACCAUCAACGGCCACCCCGGCCCUUCCCCUGCUUGCCCUUCUUCUUCCUCCUCCGGGUACACGCUGAGCGUGGCGCCGGGGAAGUCGUACCUGCUCCGCGUCAUCAACGCGGCGCUGAACGAGGAGCUCUUCUUCAAGAUCGCCGGCCACAAGCUGACCGUGGUGGAAGUGGACGCCACCUACGUCAAGCCCUUCAAGACCGACACCAUCGUCAUCGCCCCGGGCCAGACCACCACCGCCGUCCUAACGGCGGACAAGCGCGCCGGCAAGUACAUGGUGGCCGCCUCCCCCUUCAUGGACACCCCCGUGGUGGCCGUCGACAACGUCACCGCCACGGCCAUGCUGCGCUACACCGGCACGCUCUCCUCCGCCCGCACGACCUUCACCUGGGCGCCCCCACGGAACGCGACCCCCAUCGCCAACGCCUUCACCGCCGCCCUGAGGAGUCUCAACUCCGAGGAGUACCCGGCGAGAGUCCCCCGCACGGUGGACCACUCGCUCUUCUUCACCAUCGGGCUGGGCGUGAACCCCUGCCCGACCUGCAAGGCCGGCAACGGGAGCCGCGUGGUGGCGGACAUCAACAACGUCACCUUCGUGAUGCCCACCUUUGCCCUCCUCCAGGCGCACUACUUCAAGGUGAAGGGAGUCUUCACCACCGACUUUCCGGCGAACCCUCCGGCGCCUUUCAACUACACGGACAGCGCGGCGGUGGCGGCGAUGAAUCCGGGGACGAGCAAGGGGACAAGGCUUUACAGGCUGGCAUACAACGCGAGGGUGCAGCUGGUGCUGCAGGACACGGGGCUGAUUGCCCCGGAGAACCACCCGGUCCACCUCCACGGGUUCAACUUCUUCGUGGUAGGCAGGGGGGUGGGCAACUUCAAUCCCAAGAAGGACCCCAAGAGCUUCAACCUUGUGGAUCCCGUGGAGAGGAACACGGUUGGAGUGCCCUCCGGGGGGUGGGUGGCCAUACGAUUCCAAGCUGAUAAUCCAGGGGUCUGGUUUAUGCACUGCCAUCUGGAAAUACACACAACCUGGGGGUUGAAGAUGGCCUUCUUGGUGGAGAAUGGAAAGGGCCCCAAUGAAUCACUUUUGCCACCUCCUAAGGAUUUGCCAAAAUGUUGAAUUCCAUUGAUUGAUCGAUGCUGAAAUUCUUGAUUUCUUUUUGGGUUGAAGAGAAACAUAUAUAGUGAUUGAGUGUUGAAAAUUAAAGCAUGGAUGGGUGGGUGGGUGGGUGGAUCGAGUUGAAGAAAGCAAGGCAAGGCAAACAAGGAGGAUAUUAUUAUUAAGUUACCAACCCACAUGCAUACAUACAUACAUACAUUGAAUGCAUUUGUUUAACAACAUGAUGAGAUGGGCGAUUUGUUUCUUGAGUGAAGAAGAUUGGAAGUUUUGCUCAAGUUGGAGGUCAAUAAUUAAUUAUUUUUAUUAGUAUGCAUUAUAUUGGUGUUGUAAAUGUAUGUGAUUGUGUUUCUUUGGGUGGGUCGAUCUUCAAUCAAAACUGCUGUUAUGGUAUGGUAUGUUAUGUUAUUA